AUGGCUGCGGCCAUCAAAGCUAUCAAUGCGAAGAUCCGCUCCAAUAAAGUCCUCGAUUAUUUCUGCUCGACCCAUUUCUGGGGUCCAGCAUCGAAUUUCGGUAUUCCUAUUGCGGCUGUCCUAGAUACACAGAAAGACCCCGAGAUUAUCUCUGGACAAUUCACCGCCGCCCUAGUAGUGUACUCAGGCACAUUCAUGCGCUAUGCCCUUGCCGUCAGACCCAAAAACUAUCUCCUCUUUGCCUGCCAUUUUGUCAACUUCAACGCACAAUUAACGCAAGGAUAUCGGUGGUAUGAUUAUUGGUAUAUGGGCGGCAAAGACCGAUGGGCUCAGAUCCGGGCUGAGAGAGCCAACCUGGAAGGCAAGGCCGAGUCAAUAGCUGAUCAGGCCAAAGAUAAGGUUGCCGGCGCAGUUGAAGAGGUAAAGAAGACGGUGUCAUAA